GAAUACUUGGAUAUAGCGAGUAUGCCCCCACGUACACACGUACCCGACAUGGUGAGUAGUGACGACAGAUGAGUGAACAGUGUCGAAAUGGACCAAAGACAGCUUGGACUGCAAACAAGCUUCGCCUCCAUUUGCGGUGAGGACAAAGAGGCGCCAAUGCUGGUGUGCAGACUGUCUUGAGCACAAGAGCUUGGCAUCAGUGAAGUACGAGUGCGCCUGGCAAAUGAGGAGUAAUGUGGAUGCGAAGUUGGAGAAGGUCGCCUCGCGCCGAGUGACGUCUGGUGCCGUGUUCCGAUUUGAACGGGCUUGGGCCAUCGAAGUCCCGGCGAUAGGCGGGGCCGCUAGAGGCGCAGAGACACUAGCGCCUGCCAAGGUGCAAGAGCGGAACGCCCAGCAUUCCCGCGCCGUUGCCAGUCGCCCCCCUCCAGCUCGCAUCGAGACCCCGCUGCGUCAUCGGUUGCGGACAGAUGCAUCGACCAGCACAGCGCUGAGCUCUCAAUUCUCUGAGAGCGUCCUCGUGUCUCUGGCCCGCUGCGGCCGUCAGCGCCGUGGUGGCAUCGCAACUCGAACGUCACCAUGCCGUGGUGAAGAGCUUCUUUCCGCCCGGAGGCUAAUUCUUGGUGCCACGACCCAGCCGCGAAGUCCCCGGACCAGUCCCAGCCUCCAAAAGUAGCGUACACCAUGCCAAGAAGUGGGUACAUACAUGUUCUUGGCUGCGGUCAUACACUUUCCCGAGCCUUCUCCAGCAUGUGGUUAAAUGGGUCGAGUUCCCCCCGCCCAUCGAUUGCUUGUCUUCCUUAGAAAUCCUUUGUAUUCAGUUUCCCACCACUCGCUAUGGGAAAGAAGGCUCAGACUCUAGAUGGUCAUGUAUCCGGCCAAGCCAACAC